AUGAGAUUUGAAGGGAGAAGGAAGUACAAGGAUUUGAAGCACAAGGAUUUAAAUUCUAAUGCCUAUAAUCCCUUCGCCCGCGCCGGUCCUUUCGCCGCCACGCGCGCCGAGCCCUUCGUCCGCGCCGGUCCUUUCGCUGCCCCGCGUGCCAGCUCAUUCGUCGCCGAGCGCGCCCAGCUCAUCACCGUCGCCUGUCCACGCGCCGCUGCCAGCGCCCACACCGAGAUCGUCGCCAUGGCGGUUUCCACCGCCCUUAACGAUCCCACCGCCGUCGCCUGUCCACCUGCUGCCGCCUGUCCACCCGCCGUCGACGUCAACGUGCCCGUCGCCUUCGCCGAUCUCGCCGCCGUCGUCUGUCCACCCGCCGUCGACGUCAACGUGCCCGUCGCCUUCGCCGAUUUCGCCGCCGUCGUCUGUCCACCCGCCGUCGCCUGUCCACCUGCUGCCGCCUGUCCACCUGCUGCCGCCUGUCCACCCGCCGUCGCCUGUCCACCUGCUGCCGCCUAUCCACCCGCCUGUCCCAUACAGAAACUGAUCGUCUACGAACUCCGAACCUAA